GUCAACGUGGGACAGUGCGUUUGCGUCAUGCCGAAUUUGUUGUCAAGUUUUUGUGUUUUUAAUGUCUGUAGUUCUAUUUUUACAUAUUUUUGCUUUACAAGUUUGGCAUAUUGGGCAGUAACUGUGACUUCUUAUCAUGAUGCCGGGGGAGAAUCAUUCUAAAAUCGCAAGAAUCGCAUCGGAAGCAACUACUGGAGCCUGUCAAAACUGCACUGUGCUUCACCAGGUGGGUUGAGAAAGGUUAUCGCUACUGUUGUAUACUUGCUUCAAACGUGGAUAAAAGAUAGUUAGCUAAUAUUUCACCUAACUAUACUGACGGACAAUCCACCCUCUCUCAUUGUAGAACCUAAACGAAUAUGUGGCAGCUCUCCUGGCUUUGAAACAGAAAAGUAUUGACUCAGAGUAAGUAACUAGGUAACGUUAUUAGACAUGUGUGACGAGAUGAUACUGUACAGGUCCCUAAAACAUAGCUAGCUACACACGUACAUACAUAUAUACUCAGGGUGGGAACUAAUCAAUCAAACAUAGCUAGCUAACUACAUACAUACUCAGGGCGGGGGCUAUUCAAUCAAACAUAGCUAGCUAACUACAUACAUACUCAGGGCGGGGGCUAUUCAAUCAAACAUAGCUAGCUAACUACAUACAUACCCAGGGCGGGGGCUAUUCAAUCAAACUCGGUAAUCUGGUUUCCUGGAAGUCGAAAACAAACUUGGAUUGUCAGAAUUCUGAUUACAGUUUCAUUCCAGUUCUCAAUAAACAUCAGUGUGGAAACGGUACCAGACACGACAUUAAAGCUAUAUGCCUGUAGGCUACACAUCUCACAGAGCAGCAACGGUGUUGUCAUUGACCUGGUGGCUGGUUUGACUAAAUAUGACCCAUAGACUCUAUCUACACUCAUCUGAUGUAGCUAGCUGUGUUUUGGAACCGAAAAUGACAAUGUAAAACAGAUAUCUAGCUAGGCCUAACAUGUUUAAUGUAACAGUUGGAGUGAAUGAUUAGUAUGUUUUAGAAAAAGUAAGCUACUAAUGUAAUAUGUUUAACUUUUUUCAGUCACUUGCUGAGUGAAUAUCAAGGGAAGUGCGAUGAUAUCCUUUCAAUAGUGACUCAAAAGUCCAUUCACUCUCUUAAGUUAUUAGGUUUCAGUCAUUCAUGCUCUUCAGCCUCUCUUCAGUCAUUAGGUUUCAGUCAUUCAUGCUCUUCAGCCUCUCUUCAGUCAUUAGGUUUCAGUCAUUCAUGCUCUUCAGCCUCUCUUCAGUUAUUAGGUUUCAGUAAUUCAUGCUCUUCAGCCUCUCUUCAGUUAUUAGGUUUCAGUCAUUCAUGCUCUUCAGCCAUUAAUUAUGUUUCAGUGCAUCCCUUGGAAUGAACAGAACAGCAAACAGUGUUCUGGUUCUGAUGACCACUGUUUACUGCUUCACUCGUAUAAUAAUAAUAAUAAUAAUAUGCCAUUUAGCAGACGCUUUUAUCCAAAGCGACUUAGUCCUGCGUGCAUACAUUUUUGCAUAUGGGUGGUCCCGGGGAUCGAACCCACUACCCUGGCGUUACAAGUGCCAUGCUCUACCAAUUGAGCUACAGAGGACACUCGUCUCACUAUCAUCACAAUAUAACACAAUCAUAACAAGCGUCUGUUUUGUUAACUUCACUGGCUACAGUGGGAUGAGAGGUUAAAGGUGAUUACGUAUUGUACUAACCUCAUCCGCAGGGUAUUGCGCAUAUAAGCCUGGGAUAUCAACGAUUCAGAGUUGGCCUUAGUGGGAGUGACCUUACUGAGGUUAAGUAUUUGUCAUCAUUACAUUUUUGGGAAUCACGUGACUGCGAGGCGUGUCUCCAAAUGGAGGUAAGACACGUACAGCGGAAGGGGCAGUGGGAGAUGAUUGGUUGGUAGAUUAAGCCAAUGCCUAGGCGCAGGGAGUUUCUAUUUGCUACCGAAGGCCAGGUUUGACACAUUGGUCGACCAGACUCUUCUUCAGUAUUGUAUCUGGUGAUGGGGUUACAGUCUCUGGUGAUGUAUUGGUAAGAGAAGGGGAUACCUAGUCGGUUACUGAACCCAGAGAGGUGUGGGGGGGCUGCCUUAAUCAACAUCCACGUCAUCGGCACCCGGGAGCAGUUAGUGUUGGGGGUUAACUGCCUUGCUCAAGGGCAGAAAGACAGAUUUUUUUUCCCACCUUGCCAGCUCGGGGAUUCGAACCAGCGAACUUUCAGAUACUGGCCCAACGUGCCUAUCCGCAAGGCUACCUGCCACCCCCGUUGCACUGCUAUCAGUCUUGUUAGAAGUGGUCAUCUAGCUCAGUUGGUAGAGCAUGGCGCUUGCAACGCUAGGAUAGUGUGUUCAAUUCCCGGGACCACCCAUACGUAAAAUGUAUGCACGCAUGACUGCCUUGGAUAAAACCUUUCAAAUACUGACCCAACACCUCUGCUUAAUGCAUUAUUAUUAUUUGAAGUGUUUUCCUUGACAGUUUGCUUACAGCUUCAGAGAUCCCAGAGGUAUGAAAUAUUAGUUCUCUAGUUCCUCUUUACUAAAUGUUCUUCUAUGGCUUUGAAAGUAUUUGACAUCUUUUGGAAACAUAAAUGGUUGGCAACAAAGUUAUUCAUUAUUUCUGUCACACAACAUUGUUCCAGGGAGACCAGUAAGCUGCAUAUACAACUUGAUGAUCUGCAGUUGAAAGUAGCUUCUCUGGAAAAGCAGCAUGCAGAGUACGAAGUCAUGCGGGCAGAGCUGGAGGCGAAGCAGGUAAGAGAUGGAAAAUGCUCCAUUCUACUCAUCAUGACAAUGUUGUGUCCUGCAGAGCUCUAACAGAGUUGUGUUUCUGUCCUGUAGAGCUCUAACAGAGUUGAGUUUCUGUCCUGUAGAGCUCUAACAGAGUUGUGUUUCUGUCCUGUAGAGCUCUAACAGAGUUGUGUUUCUGUCCUGUAGAGCUCUAACAGUGUUGAGUUUCUGUCCUGUAGAGCUCUAACAGAGUUGUGUUUCUGUCCUGUAGAGCUCUAACAGAGUUGUGUUUCUGUCCUGUAGAGCUCUAACAGUGUUGAGUUUCUGUCCUGUAGAGCUCUAACAGUGUUGAGUUUCUGUCCUGUAGAGCUCUAACAGAGUUGUGUUUCUGUCCUGCAGAGCUCUAACAGAGUUGUGUUUCUGUCCUGCAGAGCUCUAACAGAGUUGUGUUUCUGUCCUGUAGAGCUCUAACAGAGUUGUGUUUCUGUCCUGUAGAGCUCUAACAGUGUUGUGUUUCUGUCCUGUAGAGCUCUGAGAAGUUGUCCCAGCAGCUUUCCGAGGAGGUGGAGAGGCUGAAGGAGCAGAACAACACCGAGACUUUGUAAGAGCCUCUCUCGUCAACAACAUUUACAUCAUUUUCUUUGGUUCUUGUUACGCUGACUUAAAUCUCUCUUCUCUCUCUCUCUCAUCCUUAGAAAGAAGAGACUUGAGGACCAGCUAAAAAUAGUAGCAGGUAUUGUCUCUGGUUAUAAUUCUACUUUCUGUAAACCCUCAACCACUGAUAUAUCCACAUUGUAAGAGUCUACUGUCUGAUGUAUGUAACUCAGUCUUUCCUGUGGACCUGUUCAUUAUGAAGCGACAACAGAGAAGCAGAGCCUGGAUAAUGUCCAGCUGAGGCAGGAGAAGACGGCACUGGAGAAAGACCUGCUGAAAACACAGGUAACAAUAUUAUCUAACGGGCUAAUAAAUCCUCCUCAUUCUAGCAGUUAUCCAAUGUUGUCUGCAUGGUUUCAACCCACUGAACUUAACCAUAAGGUGAUGACUGAUGUGUGUUCAUCCUCUCAGAUGUCGUUGAAGGCAUAUCAGAAGGUAGCAGAGGAAGUGCAGCAGUUAAAGGAGGACAACGCCAGGACGUCCGUUCUGUAAGGAUUCACCAAGCACUGAUACCAUCCACCACACGUCCAAACCCUUAUUACAAACACUUAUUGUUUAAGUCAUGGUGUUGGUGUACUCAUGUUUCUACCUUCUUAUUUCACUAACAGAAAACACAACCUGGAAAAACAACUUGGACUGUUUCAAGGUUGCUAUAACAAUUAUUUUUCUAGUCUGUGUGAACAUAAUUUGCAUGACCUAAAAAAGCUCAAUAUUCCUAUUGUGAUCUGUCAUACAGCCUGACCUGCCUUAUCUUAUUGGUGAUGUGUGAUGUAGUCAUACAGCCUGACCUGCCUUAUCUUAUUGGUGAUGUGUGAUGUAGUCAUACAGCCUGACCUGCCUUAUCUUAUGGGUGAUGUGUCUGGGUUGUUCUUCUGUUUAGAUUCUAAACUCAAGCAAGAGCAUGACAUUACCAGGCUGAAAACAGAGAAGAUUCUACUGGAGAAUAACCUUGUACAUCUUCAGGUUUGCAUGUUCUCCCUACUUCCACUCACGCUACAACCAGCAAAGUGUUCUGAUAAGCUUGGGUUGUUAUUAUUAGCAGCUUGUCUUUUUUAAUAUGAAGGAAUAUUUAACUUUCUCUGGUCAUAGGAGUAACAUGAAUUGGUGCAUGAGGUAGAAAUGCAGUGUGAUUUGAGUUUCGCCAUAUGAUGGAAGACUGUCCCCUUUUCUCAGGGGAGGGAGGGAGAGAGGAGGGACAGUGAGUCGAGUGAGAGGCAGCCUCACCGCUGCUCCCUCCCUCCCUCCCUCCCCUCAGACUGACCAGAUGCAGCCUCACCGCUGCUCCCUCCCUCCCUCCCCUCAGACUGACCAGAUGCAGCCUCACCGCUGCUCCCUCCCUCCCUCCCCUCAGAAUGACGCAAUGCAGCCUCACACCGCUGCUCCCCCUUCCCUCCCCCUCAUACUGACCAGAUUGCAGCCUCACCACGCUUCCCUCCCUCCCUCCCUCAGAAUGACCAGAUGCAGCCUCACCGCUGCUCCCUCCCUCCUCCCUCCCCUCAGACUGACCAGAUGCAGCCUCACCGCUGCUCCCUCCUCCCCCCCCUCAGACUGACCAGAUGCAGCCUCACCGCUGCUCCCUCCCUCCCCUCAGACUGACCAAUGCACCUCACCGUCUUGCUCCCUCCCUCCCUCCCUCCCCUCAACUGACGCAGAUGCGCCUCCCACCACCGCUGCUCCCCUCCCUCCCUCCCCUCCCUCAGACUGACAGAUGCAGCCUCAACCGCUGCUCGCUCCCCUCAACGACCAUUAAGACCAUCAGUCGCCCUCACCACUACCCUCCCGUCAGACUGACCAUCAGACCAUCAGUCCAGCCUCACCACUACUCCUCCCCGCAGACUAGACCAUCAGACCAUCAGUCAGCCUCACCACUACUCCUCCCUCAGACUGACCAUCAGACCAUCAGUCAGCCUCACCACUACUCCCCUCUGACAGACCAUCAGACCAUCAGUCAGCCUCACCACUACUCCUCCCUCUCGACAGACCAUCAGACCAUCAGUCAGCCUCACCACUACUCCUCCCCUCAGACAGACCAUCAGACCAUCAGUCAGCCUCACCACUACUCCUCCCUCAGACAGACCAUCAGACCAUCAGUCACCUCACCAAUACUCCUCCUCAGACGACCAUCAGACCAUCAGUCAGCCUCACCACUACUACUCCUCUCAGACUGACCAUCAGACCAUCAGUCAACCUCACCACUACUCCUCCCCUCAGACAGACCAUCAGACCAUCAGUCAACCUCACCACUACUCCUCCUCUCAGACUGACCAUCAGACCAUCAGUCAGCCUCACCACUACUCCUCCCCUCAGACAGACCAUCAGACCAUCAGUCAACCUCACCACUACUCCUCCUCUCAGACUGACCAUCAGACCAUCAGUCAGCCUCACCACUACUCCCUCCCUCUCAGACUGACCAUCAGACCAUCAGUCAGCCUCACCACUACUCCUCCCUCAGACUGACCAUCAGUCAGCCUCACCACUACUCCUCCCUCAGACUGACCAUCAGACCAUCAGUCAGCCUCACCACUACUCCUCCCCUCAGACUGACCAUCAGACCAUCAGUCAGCCUCACCACUACUCCUCCUCUGAGACUGACCAUCAGACCAUCAGUCAGCCUCACCACUACUCCUCCCUCAGACUGACCAUCAGUCAGCCUCACCACUACUCCUCCCUCAAUGACGAUCAGUCAGACCAAUCCUCAGCGCCUCAACCACUGACCUCCUCCUCUGGACUGACCAUUAGACCAUCAGUCAGCCUCACCACUACUCCUCCCUCAGACUGACCAUCAGUCACGCCUCACCACUACUCCUCCUCUCAGACUGACGAUCAGUCAGCCUCACCAUACUCCUCCUAGACUGACAAGACCAUCAUCAGCCCACUACUCCUCCUCUCAGACUGACCAUCAGACCGAUCAGUCAGCCUCACCACUACUCCUCCUCUCAGACUGACCAUCAGACCAUCAGUCAGCCUCACCACUACUCCUCCUCUCAGACUGACCAUCAGACCAGUCAGUCAGCCUCACCACUACUCCUCCUCAGACUGACCAUCAGACCAUCAGUCACCUCACCACUACUCCUCCUCUCAGACUGACCAUCAGACCAUCAGUCAGCCUCACCACUACUCCUCCUCUCAGACUGACCAUCAGACAUCAGUCAGCCUCACCACUACUCCUCCUCUCAGACUGACCAUCAGACCAUCAGUCAGCCUCACCACUACUCCUCCUCUCAGACUGACCAUCAGACCAUCAGUCAGCCUCACCACUACUACCUCCUCUCAAGACCAUCACAUCAGCCUCACCACUCUCCUCCCUCAAGACUGACCAUCAGACCAUCAGUCAGCCUCACCACUCCUCCUCCUCUCAGACUGACCAUCAGACCGUCAGUCAACCUCACCACUACUCCUCCUCUCAGACUGACCAUCAGACCAUCAGUCAGCCUCACCACUACUCCUCCCCUCAGACUGACCAUCAGACCAUCAGUCAGCCUCACCACUACUCCUCCCCUCAGACUGACCAUCAGACCAUCAGUCAGCCUCACCACUACUCCUCCCCUCAGACAGACCAUCAGACCAUCAGUCAACCUCACCACUACUCCUCCUCUCAGACUGACCAUCAGACCAUCAGUCAGCCUCACCACUACUCCUCCUCUCAGACUGACCAUCAGACCAUCAGUCAGCCUCACCACUACUCCUCCCCUCAGACAGACCAUCAGUCAGCCUCACCACUACUCCUCCUCUCAGACUGACCAUCAGACCAUCAGUCAGCCUCACCACUACUCCUCCUCUGACUGACCAUCAGACCAUCAGUCAGCCUCACCACUACUCCUCCUCUCAGACUGACCAUCAGAUCAGUAAAAUAAAAAGCAUAUUAUUAUAUUCCGUCAGCUGUUCCUCACAAGUAAUACAACACAUGAUCUACUACCAGUUCUACCAAGUUACCUACACUUUUAAAUAUGUUUUCUAAAUGGUCUGAGAACAACAACAUUGGAAGGGCAAGUCAAGCGUAGCCAAUAUGCAGUUAUAAUGUAUUGGCCCUAUAGCCUACUACACAAACCUCAUUGCUACAGAACUGUUUUAAUUGGUUAAUGUUGCAUAGGCUUACUUUUUUUAAAGUCAUGUUUAACCAUAAUCUGAGCGGUAGAUUUCGGCUUGCAUUCUGACUCCGAAAGUGAUCUUGACUCAGAAAAGGUUGGUGACCACUGUUGUAGAGUGUUUGAGACUGUCUGGUUGGCUGUAAUAACAACUGUAAAGCGUUUGAGACUGUCUGAUUGGACCCUCUUUCUAUUCCAGGAACGACUAGAGAAACUGGAGACUGAGAAGAAUAAAGGUAACACUGCUGUUCAUAGCAUUAUUAUUAUCAUUAAUAGUAGUAGUAUUAUUAGUAUUGGUAUUAUAUCACAGCAUUUGUUAAGUCCAAUCAUGUCUCUGUUCAGUAUUAAAGAGUACAUCAACUCAAGCAACGGCACCUGAAGAAACGAAGGUUGAUAAAGGUAGGUUUUUAUAUAGGUUUUUUAAAGUUGAUACCACACACAAUUUUGCUCAAUGGUUGUAUGAUUUAUUGAACAGAUGUACACUACCGGUCAAAAGUUUUAGAACACCUACUCAUUCAAGGGUUUUUCUUUAGUUUUACUAUUUUCUACAUUGUAGAAUAAUAGUGAAGAAAUCAAAACUAUGAAAUAACACAUAUGGAAUCAUGUAGUAACCAAAAAAACAAGUGUUAAACAAAUCAAAAUAUAUUUUAUAUUUGAUUCUUCAAAUAGCCACCCUUUGCCUUGAUGACAGCUUUGCACACUCUUGGCAUUCUCUCAACCAGCUUCACCUGGAAUGCUUUUCCAACAGUCUUGAAGGACUUCCCAUAUAUGCUGAGUACUUGUUGGCUGCUUUUCCUUCACUCUGCGGUCCAACUCAUGCCAAACCAUCUCAAUUGGGUUGAGGUCGGGGGAUUGUGGAGGCCAAGUCAUCUGAUGCAGCACUCCAUCACUCUCCUUCUUGGUCAAAUAGCCCUUACACAGCCUGGAGGUGUGUUGGGUCAUUGUCCUGUUGAAAAACAAAUGAGUCCCACUAAGCCUAAACCAGAUGGGAUGGCGUAUCGCUGCAGAAUGCUGUGGCAGCCAUGCUGAAAAGAAAAACCGUUGAUUGAGUAGGUGUUCUAAAACCUUUGACCUGUAGUGUAGGUGUAGUACUACAGUGUUGAUACGACGGUGUGUUUUACAGAGAAGGUCCGGAGGCUGCUGGAGGAUCUGUGGGUGUGUGUAGAUCCUCCCUCAUCACACCUCCCUGGUAUGUAUUCAGGACGCAUUGUGAUGAUGACAUAAUGGACCUCCCCUUGUUACAACAGACCAGAACAUCAUCAUAUCGCUCUGUCUGUCUCUCCCACAGGCCGUGGACCCAGCAGGAUCAGUGACCAGCCAGACCAUGGACCCAGCAGGAUCAAUGACCCGGGCCAUGGACCCAGCAGGAUCAAUGACCCGGGCCAUGGACCCAGCAGGAUCGGUGACCAGCCAGUUCAUGGACCCAGCAGGAUCGGUGACCAGCCAGUCCAUGGACUCCGCAGGAUCAGUGACCAGCCAGACCAUGGACCCAGCAGGAACAGUGACCAGCCAGAUCAUGGACCCAGCAGGAUCGGUGACCAGCCAGUCCAUGGACCCAGCAGGAUCAGUGACCAGCCAGACCAUGGACACAGCAGGAUCAGUGAUCAGCCAGUCCAUGGACCCAGCAGGAUCGGUGACCAGCCAGUCCAUGGACCCAGCAGGAUCAGUGACCAGCCAGACCAUGGACCCAGCAGGAUCAGUGACCAGCCAGACCAUGGACCCAGCAGGAUCAGUGACCAGCCAGGCCAUGGACCCAGCAGGAACAGUGACCAGCCAGGCCAUGGACCCAGCAGGAACAGUGACCAGCCAGUCCAUGGACCCAGCAGGAACAGUGACCAGCCGGGCCAUGGACCCAGCAGGAACAGUGACUUAGGCCGUAAACAUAGAAGAACAGUUGAGGAGAUCCUGGACUGGUUCAAGCCGCUGCCCCCUGUACUCUCCCCCAUACCCUGCUCCUCAGCUCAGGAGAGGUUGGAUGAUGUCUUGGAGUUAGGAGCUGGAGAGACCAGAUCUCCACUAGAGAACAGAAACCACUCUAUCUACAUUACAGGACCAGCCAAUCAGACAGUAGGACAGCAACCUGAACCAGCCAAUCAGAUGGCCCUUAGGUUGGCAGGACAACAGCCUGCAGACUCCUCAGCGGAACUAACUCAUUCUACUCGUAGAGAAAGCCCUGAUCUGGCCACAGGGACCUCAGUAGAGAGAGAGAGGAACAGCGUGGCUGUCUGUGAACAGGAAGACAUGCAGGUAGAACCAGCUGCUGAAACCAUCCAGUCCCCUUCAGGAGAGAGUCAAAGCUCCUCUGGUGAUCUACCUUCCUUUACCAAAGCCACAGAGUAUCUCCCAAACUCAGUAGAGCCUCCAGGCAACCUCUCUGUCCAUACUGGGACCCUUCAGUCCUCACUCACCCAGACACAAGGAGAAGAAAUGGAGGACUCCUCACCAGACAUGACAGAGAUGGAUAUUGAGACUGCCCCAUGUUAUGAGGGCUGUGUCUUGGAGGGUCGGAGCAUCAACCAUGAGGACUCAGAGAAAGUACAAAGCAUUAAAGAUCAGUCAGGAGAGGCCAGCGUGUCUGAAACAACCACCACUAAACAGUUGGAACCCAGUCCUCUGGUUGAGUGUUCUGCUGAGACAGUGGCUGGUCCAGAUCAACUGACUGAAUGGGCUCCUAACACUCAAUGUAAAACAACUGAUCAGAAAGCAGCUCCUCCAGCAUGGCCCCGCAGAGAAGACAAGUUGUUUACAGGCAAGGAAUCAGAUUCAGACGAUGAAGGGGGUUUCUCUUGGAAACAGGUUGGUGAUGCAGUAAGAACAUGUGUCUCCCCCAGUCAUCCUACAGAAGCACUGGUCUCCCCCAGUCAUCCUACAGAAGCACUGGUCUCCCCCAGUCAUCCUACAGAAGCACUGGUCUCCCCCAGUCAUCCUACAGAAGCACUGGUCUCCCCCAGUCAUCCUACAGAAGCACUGGUCUCCUCCAGUCAUCCUACAGAAGCACUGAUCUCCCCCAGUCAUCCUACAGAAGCACUGGUCUCCCCCAGUCAUCCUACAGAAGCACUGGUCUCCCCCAGUCAUCCUGCAGAAGCACUGGUCUCCCCCAGUCAUCCUGCAGAAGCACUGGUCUCCCCCAGUCAUCCUGCAGAAGCACUGGUCUCCCCCAGUCAUCCUGCAGAAGCACUGGUCUCCCCCAGUCAUCCUGCAGAAGCACUGGUCUCCCCCAGUCAUCCUGCAGAAGCACUGGUCUCCCCCAGUCAUCCUGCAGAAGCACUGAAGGAGCAUAGGUCGGGGCAUUCCUCUGGGGCAGAGGAAUCAUCAUUUGAACAGAAGUCUCUGGCACCUCUGCCACAAUCUGGUGUCCACAUCUCUACUGACAGUUUAAUCAACUCUGUAAAGAAUGUAGAGAACUGUACUAUAACAUCUGGACCCCAUGAAGAUAUCCAGGCAACAAAACGCAACGCUCAGAGUAGCAAAGACCAUAAAGUAUGCAAGAGUUUAGAUAGUCCUGUAUGUCUUUCCCCUGUUGUGAAGGUGAAGCUCCUGAGAUCUGGUACAGAACUGAAGAGGAUGAAUGUAAAGAAAGAUGCUUUAGACCCAGGGUCAGAUGUUAGGAAUCCACAGUCUCCUACAGAGCUACAGAGUAAGGAGCCUUUGAACAACGGGACGCUGAAAGAUGGUGAUCGCCCAGUCCAUGUUCUACAACACCAGGAUAUGAACGCUGACAGUAAGAAUCCUACAACCACAGACUGCAUCUCUGAGUCCCAGCUGACAGAUGAUGGGUCUGAGUCAGCAUCUAAGUCCCAGCUGACAGAUGAAGGGUCUGAGAGACCAAGUGGAAAUGACCAGACUGAGAUGAUCAGUACUAGAAGUGGGCGUGUCAGGAAGAGUCUUGUUAGAUCAAACACAGUCCAAACCAGCUCAGUGAAAGACGGUGCCGCUCCCGGAGACGGUGCCGCUCCUGGAGACGGUGCCACUCCCAGAGACGGUGCCGCUCCCAGAGAAGGCCAGCAAACGGCUGUCCUUUCAUGUAAAGUUAUCAUUGAAAGACUCAGCCCUGACAUGAGAGGAGAAGGGAUCAGUACAGCAGCCUUGCCUGUGGGCCGCUCCCCAGAACCUACAGGGAAAGUUCCUAUUGGGAAGGUUCGCUUUGAAAUGGGUCCUCCACUACCCCCUCUUCUUAUGCCUCUCACUGUAACUCCUCCAAGACCGGUAAAACCUUGCAAUCCAAGACAGGUGAUUGGUAAACUGUCCUUUCCCUCACCAAUGGAAGGGCCUGUUUCCCCUGUGGGGUCCCAAACAGCACCUGAUGGUCAGAUGUUGAGCUCCCCGUCUCUAACUACUCCUCCGCCAGCAACUGAAGCCCCUUCCUCACCACUGCAGUUUGGUUCAGCCACUCCUAAACAUGCCGUUCCUGUUCCAGGGAGACUUCCUGCCUUCAGCUCCUCCUCCUCCUCCACUAGUCCCGCCCAGGAGAACUCCAUGAGGAUUCUAGACAGCAUGUAUCCAGAACUCUCCGCCCGUGCUCGGACUCUCAGUAUUCUCAGAGGAAACCUCUGUAUGUCUGCUGCUGAGACGGGGACAACACCCUCCAGCUCUGUCAGUCAGAUAUCUGGCUUCAAAACCAUCAACUCCUCGUCCACGGCUUUCACCAAAACGGAGCAAAGAGGGAAGCGAAGUGGAGUCAGCAUGCUUCUACCAAAGAGUGCCAAAAGGCUGAGGCUGGAUAACUGCUCCCCCAGCCCUGCUGCAGCAACAGCCAGCCCUGCCGCUAAGGGGAUAUCCUCCACAGCAUCAGCCAGUCCAGACCCAGUACUCAGGAAACCUCAACACGGGAGUACUUCACAGCCUACAGAGAAGGAAAAAGUGGUUGGGAAACCAGCAGUCAAAGCCUCCAUAUCCCAGGCCUUAGAGAAGAUAGCAGCCCAGUGUUUUGACCUGUUGCCUGUCAUCAAGAGUCACCUGUUUGUUGGGAAUCUGUCUAGGAAGCCUGUGUUACGCGAUGAGGAGAAGGAGGUCCUCUCUGAGUUCUCAAACAAUCAGGUUAGUCACCUACAGCUUUAUCUAGUAGUCUACAUAGCAUAUUUAUCUUAGUGUCUUUAAAGAGAUGCUUCGGGAUUUUGACAAUGAGGCAACCCUUUAUCUACUUCCCCAGAGUCAGAUGAACUCGUGGACACCAUUAUGUCUCUCCGUGCAGUUUGAAGGAAGUUGCUAACUAGCUCUAGCACAAUAGCUAACUAGCGUUAGCGCAAUGACUAGAAGUCUAUGGUAUCUGCUAGCAGAUACCAUAGACCAUAGGCUUCCAGUCAUUGUGCUAAUGCUAGUUAGCAUUGGCGCAUAAAACUACCUCAAACUUCUUUCAUACUGGACGCAGAGACACACAAAUUGUAUUUACAAGUUCAUCUGACUCUGGGGAAAAUCAUUGCCAAAAUCCCCAAGUAUCCCUUUAAUUUGUAGACCUAAACACCUCUUACAUGGUUGUCCUUUGAAUCAUUGGUACAUGGUUGUCCUGUGACUUGUCAGCCUCUGGCAGAUGAUCUGAUGUCAGUGAUGCUGACUAAGCUGAAGACUGAGAGGACUGAGCUGAGUGGCUCUCACCUCCAGGCUCUGGUUCGAGUCUACACUGCUCUGUGCCGACAGAGGAGGGACUGGGACAGAGCACAUAUCCUGGCCUACAGCAUCCUUAUAGAAGGUAACACAUCCUGGCCUACAGCAUCCUUAUAUAAGGUAACACAUCCUGGCCUACAGCAUCCUUAUAGAAGGUAACACAUCCUGGCCUACAGCAUCCUUAUAGAAGGUAACACAUCCUGGCCUACAGCAUCCUUAUAUAAGGUAACACAUCCUGGCCUACAGCAUCCUUAUAGAAGGUAACACAUCCUGGCCUACAGCAUCCUUAUAGAAGGUAACACAUCCUGGCCUACAGCAUCCUUAUAGAAGGUAACACAUCCUGGCCUACAGCAUCCUUAUAGAAGGUAACACAUCCUGGCCUACAGCAUCCUUAUAGACAAACAUCACUUGACUUCACAGCUUGAGUUGACUGACAUCACGUGACUUCACAGCUUGAGUUGACUGACAUCACGUGACUUCACAGCUUGAGUUGACUGACAUCACGUGACUUCACAGCUUGAGUUUACUGACAUCACGUGACUUCACAGCUUGAGUUGACUGACAUCACGUGACUUUACAGCUUGAGUUGACUGACAUCAUGUGACUUCACAGCUUGAGUUGACUGACAUCACGUGACUUCACAGCUUGAGUUGACUGACAUCACGUGACUUCACAGCUUGAGUUGACUGACAUCACGUGACUUCACUUGGGACAUCACGUGACUUCACAGCUUGAGGUGACUGACAUCACGUGACUUCACAGCUUGAGUUGACUGACAUCACGUGACUUCACAGCUUGAGUUGACUGACAUCACGGGACUUCACAUCUUGAGUUGACUGACAUCACGUGACUUCACAGCUUGAGGUGACUGACAUCACGUGACUUCACAGCUUAAGUUGACUGACAUCACGUGACUUCACAUCUUGAGUUGACUGACAUCACGUGACUUCACAGCUUGAGUUGACUGACAUCACGUGACUUCACAGCCUGAGUCGACUGACAUCACGUGACUUCACAGCUUGAGUCGACUGACAUCACGUGACUUUACAGCUUGAGUCGACUGACAUCACGUGACUUUACAGCUUGAGUUGACUGACAUGUGACUUCACAGCUUGAGUUGACUGACAUCACGUGACUUCACAGCUUGAGUUGACUGACAUCACGUGACUUCACAGCUUGAGUUGACUGACAUCACGUGACUUCACAGCUUGAGGUGACUGACAUCACGUGACUUCACAGCUUGAGGUGACUGACAUCACGUGACUUCACAGCUUGAGUUGACUGACAUCACGGGACUUCACAGCUUGAGGUGACUGACACCACGUGACUUCACAGCUUGAGUAGACUGACAUCACGUGACUUCACAGCUUGAGGUGACUGACAUCACAUUACUUCACAGCUUGAGUUGACUGACAUCACGUGACUUCACAGCUUGAGUUGACUUAGUUUAUGUUGUUUUCCUUCGCCACAGAUUUCCCUGAGUCAACCAAGCUGGUUCUGUUCAUGGUGACGACGUGGCCCAACGUGUUCUCCUGCAGGACUAUAGUGUGUCAGGCCAUACACACGGUCACCAAGGCCAAAGCACAAGGAGAGGUGCUCCACUGCCUAACUGCUUACCUGGGAUGGGAGAAGGUAUGGCAUCUCUGUAAUGUUGUUCUGUGGGCAUGAAUGGGUUAUGGCUUUACUGUUGUCUGUUGUUCUCCACUGUUUGAUCCAUUAACAGAGGGAAGUGUUGUCAGUAUUCUGCCACUGAGAAGGCAAUGCCUGGCCAUUUCCUGUAUGUGUAUUGUGAAGCUUGCUGGGUUUUGACUUCAUGCAAUGUCUGUGUCCCCAGAGUCCUCCUAGUGACUUGGAUCAGUUGGUUUCCUGCACGUUGAUGUCCGUCAGAGCUGCAGCUGAGAUGACCUUCCAGAAACACCCCCGACAGGGAGAGGACCUGAACCCUGUUGCCUGGCAACACAUCUUCACCCUGGAGCUGCUCUGCUCUCAUACACGCUGGAAGUGGACCCAUGACAACCUACUGAGGUACAAAACAGUCCUCCUAUUGCUUGUUGAUGACUGCCACAGCUGGACUGAAAUUCAUCAGCUAACAAACAAUGAAGAAAAAACAUUUAGCAAACUCUUAAUGUCAUUAUGACCAUCCAGCUAGAUAUGAAUCUAGCUAGUCAGCAUGUAAAAACAACCUAAAAAUAAUUUUGUAAAGCAUUGGAUGGUUGGAUAAUAAUUUAAGUAGCUAACUCAGCCAGUAGCCCCAUUGAUUUAAACUGCAGACCCGACCAAAUUCACAUAGAAAUGUGAGUUACCGAUCUGUCAUUCUCAUUGAAAGCAAGUCUAAGAAGCGGUAGAUCUGUUCUAUGUGCGCUCUUUCUAUGCUUCCGGUCUUAAGUUUCAUUUUUGCGUCUUUUACUUUCGGUUUUGUACACCAGCUUCGAACAGCUGAAAAUACUAUAUUUUUGGUUAUGGAAAAUGUAUUUCACAGCGAUUUGGAUGGUACAAUGAUUCUCUACACCAUGCUUGUUUUGUCACAGAAAUUAAGCAAACUUUUUAGAAUGUUAGCAACCAGGAAAUGGCGGCGCGAUUUCUGCAUAGUACAUCUUUAACAUAGGCUUGGAUUAGCAUGGCUAGCACACUGCAGUGGAUAUUGAGGCAACAUGACAAACUGAACACAGUAGAAACAGUAUGUUGGGUAGUGUAUGUAUCACCAUAUCAGUCAGUGAAUCAUGGCCUUAACUGUUUAGUUCUUUAUUUAUCUGUUUUAAAGUAAAGAGCUGUGGCCCAUGAUGAACUCCUGGGUGACCCAGCCCAGAUCAGGACAGACACCCGUCCAGGAUGUCACUGUGACCCAUCCCAGAUCAGGACAGACACCCGUCCAGGAUGUCACUGUGGCUGCAGUCCUCAGACUCAUAGGUGGGUGGUGGUGGUGGUUGUUGUGUAUAAUUGUUUUAUGA